AUGUCUCGGCAAUAUUCAAAUCAUUCAUUUAUUCCAUCUAAUCAUCAUCAUCAUAUGUCAUCAGAUAAUUCAUCUAGACAACGAGUUCGUCCAUCGACACAAAAUGAUUUUUCUUAUUUUCAAUAUCCAUCUCAACGACAAAUUUUCGAAUCAAAUCGAGAAAUAAAUAAUACUAAUCAUCAUUCAACAUUACCUUUUAAUCGUAUACCAACUGCAGUAACAACGUCAGCAUAUACUCCACAUUAUCAUUUUGAAAAUCAUAAUGAAACAAUAUUACGAACAUCUCAUCAUAAUAAUCAUACAAAACGUCAACGACGACCAUCAACUGCUGGUAUAUCAAAUUCUCAAACAAAUCAACAUCAUCAUGAACGAAAACGUUCAAGAUAUGAUGGAAAUGAACGAGAACAACAUAAUCGUUCAUAUAUAAAUCAUCGAUCUAGACAACCACAACAAACUAAUUCUACAACUCAUAAUGUUCCUUCUUUUUGUCGUUCAUUUCAUUACGGAUCACAUAAUCAUUCUAAUCAAGCACCUCGUCAUUUUCAUCAUGAAUCAUUACGUAGUAUUUCAAAUUAUCGUCAAUCAAUACCUUUUUCUAAUGCAAAUCAACAUCGGCAUGGAAUGACAUUUGAAUCAACAUCACAUCGUCCUCCAUUAUUUCAUCGAACAUCAAUGACUACUCACGUAUAUCAACGAUCUUCGCCUUCUUUUCUUAUUACUAAUUUACUUCAUCAUGUUAUUGAUACACAUGUACAUCAUCAUCUACCAUCAGCAUCAUUUGAUUUGAUUGCUUAUGCAUGGAUGUCUCCUAGUCAUGAAAUAUUUUCUUUACCAACUGCAUUUACUAUUCAUUUUGCUGAGUUUUUCGAUGUGAUUAUUCCCGAUGAAACACCAAUGAUUGGUUUAACUGACAGUGAACUUAAAAAAAUACCGACAAUGAUUUAUAAAAAAACUUGUACAAAUAUUAAAGAUGAUGAUAAAUGUGCUAUAUGUUUAAGUGAAUAUAUAACUGAUGAAAAACUUAAACGUUUACGAUGUAAACAUUAUUUUCAUAGUGAAUGUAUUGAUCCAUGGCUUAAGACAUCAGCUCGAUGUCCAAUUUGCCGAGGUGAACAGACAAAUUAA